AUGGACUCGAAGCACGAUGGGGGCGCAAGCUACGAUAACUCAGCGUUGGAAUAUGGCCACGCUAUUGUGUACGUGGACGGGCGUCCACAAAGGCGCCAAUACAUUGAGGUCGCGAGUCCACCUCGCGACGCGUCGUCGAUUACGAGCCUUCCAGGACUCUCCUGGAAGCAUUUUCUACGUGACCUCGAGGGAGGCACGGUGGAACAAGUAUGUCUGGUCACCAACGAGGUGACCUAUGAGCCGAAUGAGGAGCGAAUGACGCGCCCUCGAAGCGCUGAUCAAAAGUCAGCGCGCGAAGAAAGAUUUGCGUCGCAAUAUUGGGAGGCUCUGCGCGAGUCUGGUAACCCUGUUUACGACAUUGCACGAGAGUACGCCGACGAGUUCCCGGACAAGAUUCCGGCCGAACUCCUUGCCGAUCGUGGCGUGCGGCACGAGAUUGAUCUCGUGCCAGGAUCGAAAUAUUGUGUGACACGCCAGUGGCCGUUGCCUCGAGACCAAGUCGAGGCUAUUGAUGCAUUCUUUGAAGGUCGUCGCAAGGCCGGUCAUGUGCGUGAGAGUGUCUCACCCCAUUCGAGCCCAACCUUCUGCGUGAAGAAGGCUACGGGAGGCUGGCGUAUAGUGCAUGCGUUUAACAAGCUCAACGAUGCAACUAUUCCUGUCCAAACGCUUAUCUCCAGGAAAGACAUGGUUCUAAACUCCAUGUCAGGUAGCGUCAUCUUCAGCGCCAUCGAUCUGACCGAUGGCUUCUACCAGAUCUUGAUGCGACAGAGUGACAAACCACUCACUGCUGUGUCCACCCCGAGUGGUAUGCUAUGGGAGUGGCUGGUGAUGCCACAAGGAUUGGAGAACGCACCAGCCACUUUCAAUCGCAUGGUAUGUCAAGUGUUGAGACCGCUUCGAGACUUUGCUCCUAGCUACUUCGAUGACAUUUUUGUCCACAGUCGCGCUGAGGGCAACCUCAGUGCUGUCCAAGUUCACCUUCAACACCUGAAGCAGGUGUUUCAAGUCAUGCGAGAUAACAAGUUAUACGCAAACUUGAAGAAGUGUGUAUUCUGUGCACCGGAGAUUCCGGUGCUGGGCUGCUACGUGAGUAAAUCUGGUGUUCGAGCCGAUCCAGAGAAGGUGUCGUCAAUCUGUUUUUGGCACACACCCAAGAACCCUACGGAGUUGCGUCCAUGGCUCAAUUUAGCUAAUUACUUGCAUAAGUACACAAAGGAUUACGCCGGUUCUAUACAGCCCCUGUCGUCACUUCUGAAGAAAGACGCCACGUGGUCGUGGCGUCCCGAACAUCAAGCAGCCUUUGACGCAGUGAAGAAGAGCCUGGCGUCGGCGCCAGUGUUGAUACUCCCUGACUACACCAAGCCGUUUCACGUGGUGUGUGAUGCAAGUGACUUUGCAAUUGGUUGCGCCCUCAUGCAGUUCGAUCAUGAGGGCCGUGAACGAGUCGUGAGCUACCAGUCACGACAGAUGAAGCCGGCAGAGAAGAACUAUCCGGUUAACGAUAAGGAACUGCUAGAGAUGCGCUAUGCACUCAUCAAGUUUCGUGUCCACCUACUGGCCAAAGCACGUUCGCCCUGUAUACUGAUCAUGCAUCGCUGCGAACAGCAAUGA